AUGUCUGUCGCCGCAGAGCACACAGAGGCAGGGGCCCCUGCGCGCAAGGCAUCAAAGGUGGAGCCGCCAACGCACAACCCGGACCCGAACUUCUGCAGCUACUACGUGACGCGCAAGCACCGAUUCUGCCGCACCGAGUGCAGGCCCGGAUCGCUAUACUGCUGCACACACGACGUCGCGGAGGCAGGUGCGACUCCCUCCACUGCACCACAAGCAGAGAACGAUGUGACAUCAUCACCGUCAGACGCUGCUGGCUGCAGGGGGGAUAUGCGAGUCCCUUGCCCCAUCAACUCCAAUCACACUGUCUACGCGUCGCGGCUCGAGAGACAUGUUAAGGUGUGCCCGGAUCUGCGCCACGUGACACACCAGCUGCCGUACUUCAGCAGUGACAAACACGCGAAUCGUGGCGCUGUGUUUGUUUCGAGCGCGUGCAAUGCACCUACAGGAGGGGGGAGUCGGCGGUACACCCAUCGAGAUUUCUCUGCAGAGGGUCUGGCAGCUGUUAUUCGAAAGGUGCACGAGUGCUACGACUCAUGUAUUGCCCCCGACUUAGUCGUCUUGCGGCAGCCGUCGAGAGACCGCGAUGCAGCUUCAGGGGAGGCGGGCACCACCACGACGCCGCAGGCUACGACUUCCUGUCAGAGUUCUGCGCCCGUGGCCCGUGAAGAGGUCGCGUCGCUGAAGCACGGGCCUCAGCACACGGGACUGAUCCGCUGCCUAAGCGAUGUAGUUCGGCAGGCUCAGGACACGGACUCGAUUCUCGUGGGCCGCUGCAGAAGCCAAUGCGCACCGAUUUACGUAGAUGGUUUUUUGGAGUUCGGCGCCGGCAAAGGCGGCCUCUCCGCGGCGUUGCAGCAGCUUAUUGUUCAGCGCCUCCAAGGUAUUGACGGCACCAGCACCACUGUUGGUGAAGGCGCGGAGGCAGAGGCGGUUCCUUCGAGCCAGCGUGAGGCAACCGCGGAGACUUCACCCUUAACGCCAUCAGCACCGCAGUCGUCGUGGAGGUCGGAUUUUCUUGCCGAGGUCGCACAGCGGCCGCCGCUCGUGGUACUCGAUAUGAACGGCUUUCGGCGUAAGAGCGACGCGCGGGUGCGGCACUCUGCUGUUCCUUUGCAGCGCCUUCGAAUCAACAUCAAGGACGUGGACUUGACUCGAGCUUUUCUCUCUGAGAUUCGCCCAGUGCCGAGCGGGGAGGGGGAGGGGGCUGCAGGUGCGGUGCCGAGUGCCGCCCCGCGACCGUUGGAGAACUGGGCUGUGCUCGGCAAACACCUUUGCGGCGCCUGCACAGACUUCGCGUUGUCCUGUCUCACAGAAGGCCCCUUACUCACAUCGCAGGCGCAGGUGCGGCUGCCUAUUGUGGUGAUCGCGACCUGUUGCCACCACCGGUGCGAGCUCAAGCACGUGAACCCGCCCGAGCAAGUGGAAGGGGCACCUGCGCCGCUCGUGCUACCCGGGACCUCCUUCACCUGGUCCGAGCAGGAGUUUGCGGCGCUGGCCAGCAUGUCCUCAUGGGCAGUGUGCGGCGGCUUUGUCGACGAGGAGAGGCGCGCGGUGGGGCGUAAAUGCAAACGAAUCAUUGACCACCUUCGCGUGCACUUUCUGCGUCACCUCGGCUACGUGGCUUUCCAGUGCCAGUACACGGCUCGUGACGUGACGGAGGAGAACGUCUGCAUUGUAGCCUUUCAGGCAUCAUGA